UUAAGAAAAUGGUAAUUAAAAAAAAACGAAAAUAAGUUGUUUGUAAAAAACUUUUAAAACAUAAUUGAUGGUGAGAAUAAAUCUAUAUAUAAGGUACAAGGGUGAAGGGGUGUGUCUCUACAUAUGUUGGAUGAUUAAUUCUCAGCCAUGUGCUAUGGAAUCAACCUCUUAUGCUUUAUGUUCUGUUAGCUCCUACCUUAUACUAUAACUUUAAUUAUUCAUCAAUAAUUCAAUUCCCUCCUUCGUCUUUUUAUAUUUGAGUGUUUCGUAUAAAUACUCUCCCUCUUCACACUAAUCCUUCAUAACAUCUCUCUCUUCUUCGUUUCAUGCAUUUAUAAUCUUCCUAUAACCACUGAUUCUAAACAUGGGAGAAGAAGUGAAACCAGAAGCAAAGGAAGUAGCCUCCGUACCAGAAGCCGUCCCAGAGCCUGCCUCGGCGGAGAAGAAUCAGAAGAAUGAUGACGUGGCGGAGGAGAAGAAAGGGGCGUCUGAGGAGGAGAAACCAACAGUGGAGGAGGAGCCGCCGCCACCGCCUCCGCCAUUCAUACUCUACGUCGACUUGCAUUGUGUAGGGUGUGCUAAGAAGAUUGAAAGAUCUAUUCUAAAAAUUAGAGGUGUGGAAGAAGUGGCGAUGGACAUGAGUGAGAACCAAGUGACGAUAAAGGGAGUGUUGGAUCCACAAGCAGUGUGCAACAAAAUCAAGAAGAAGACUAAAAGAAUGGCAAAAGUCCUCUCGCCGCUUCCGGCCGCCGAGGGAGAGCCUCUGCCGCCGAUCAUAACCUCUCAGGUCUCCGGCCUCAUGACCACUGUUGAGCUCGACGUAAACAUGCACUGCCAAGCUUGUGCUGACCAGCUUAAGAAGAAGAUUCUCAAAAUGAGAGGGGUCCAAACAACUGUGACGGAAUACACCACCGGAAAAGUAAUAGUGACGGGGACGAUGGACGAAGAGAAACUGGUGGAUUACGUCUACCGUCGAACCAAAAAGCAGGCCCGAAUCGUACCCCAACCCGACCCGGAACCUGAAAAACCGGCGGCGGAGGAAGAGAAGAAGGAGGAGAACGGUGAACCUGAAGGCGAUGAUGAAAAACCCGCAGAAACUGCAGGAGAGGAAGAUCAAAAAGAGGCCGGAGAGGAAAAGAAAGAGGACGGUGGCGAGCAAGAAGAGGCGGCAAAGGAGGAGAUGGCUGUGGCGGCGGAAGAGGAAGGGAUGAAGAGGAUGAUGUAUUAUUAUCAGCCUUUAUACGUCAUCGAAAGGGUUCCUCCGCCGCAGCUUUUCAGUGACGAGAACCCUAACGCUUGUUGCAUUUCUUAGUUUGGUUUCGUAUUGUCUACGGAACAUAUAUGUAAUUAGGGGAAUUACGUAAGAAAAAUGAAGAAAACGAAAAGAAAGAAAAUAGGUAACGAUGCAGAAAAACAAAAAAAAAUGUGUAAACUAUAUAUUUUUUUAUAUACAUAUUAUUGGUGGUGGGUAUGUUUAUUUAUCGAUGGAUACCUUACGAUUUGGUAUAUACGUAAUCACAAC